AAAUUCACAUUUACACACUUACACACUUAUAUACAUACACACUGCUAACAGGCCUGGCUGGACUAGGUUGAAGAGGAGCGGAAUGGAGAGGGUCCAGAGCAGGAGCCCAGUGGAUGAGGAGGGGGUCCAUGACUUCUUCCUCCACUCCCUACAGCUGUGGCAGGUGGCGCUGAAGAGGGUGAGCGGUCGUUUCGGCACCGGCGUCCUCUCCUACUUCCUGUUCGUCAAGACCCUCCUCUUCUUCAACGUCUUCCUGUUCCUGGUCACGGUUUUGUUCCUGGCCCUGCCCCAGACAGUACACCCCCCCAGGUUAACCCAGGGACACGUAGCCUUCUCUGGGCUGGAGCUGCUCUCUGGAGGGGGUUAUUUCUCAGACUCAGUGAUGUACUAUGGUUACUAUAGUAACUCUACCCUGUAUAAGAACUGUAGUGUCAGUAGUAGCGGUAUGGACCAGCAGCCCAGUCACUCUCCAUCUAAAAGGACAAUGGAAACAGACUGUGGAGUGAAGCUGUCCUACAACAUGCCCCUGGCGUACUUCUUCACCAUAGGAGGGGCUUUCUUCAUCACCUGCAUCAUCCUCGUCUACAGCAUGUCCAAGUCGUUUGGUCAGAGUUUCCGUAUAGACAAGUCUCAUGGUAUCCUGGCGAUGAAGGUGUUCACUUCCUGGGACUUUAAAGUCAUCAAGAAGACCUCCGUCAAACUCCGCUCUGAAAACAUCUGCACUCAACUCAAGGAGUUGUUGGAGGAGACUAAUCGGAAGCAUGUCCAGAAGACAGUGUGUCAGAGAAUAGGACGUGUGACAGUACAUGGUCUGGCAUGGUUCAUCUGUAUAGGCAGUACUGUGGCCUGUGUUCUAGCUCUGUACUACUUCUCUGCAUACAUGCACAAGGACCUCCAGUACAGAUCUCGUAUUCCCACUAAGGACCCUCUCCUGAAGGAAGCCAGUCUGUUAGCCCUGCCAGUCGUAGUGUCUCUCAUCAACCUCCUGCUCCCUGGCCUCUUCAACGCUACUGCCUGGAUGGAGGAGUACGACUCGCCCAGCGUACACACAUACGUCGCCAUCAGCAGGAACCUGAUGUUGAAAGUGAGCGUGCUCGUAGUGCUGUGCUUCCAUUGGCUGGGCCGGAUCGCUUCUGACCCCAACAGCAUCGGCCUGCAGUGCUGGGAGAGUUUUGUAGGACAGGAGCUGUACCGCUUCCUCCUCAUGGAUUUCAUCUUUACCAUACUGGACACCUUCUUUGGAGAGUUCCUCUGGAGGUUGUUUUCUCAGAGGGUGUUGAAGAGGAAAAGGAAGCCGGUGUUUGACAUCGCCAGGAACGUGUUGGAACUCAUCUACGGACAGACACUGGCCUGGUUGGGGGUGUUGUUCACUCCUCUGCUUCCUGCUGUACAGAUCAUCAAACUACUGCUUCUCUUCUACAUGAAGAAGACUAGUGUAAUGAUGAACUGCCAGUCCCCUAGGAAGCCCUAUAGAGCCAGUCAGAUGACCACCAUCUUCAUCACACUCCUCUGCUUCCCUUCAUUCCUGGGGGCUGCCGUGUGUGUUACCUACACUAUGUGGAGUAUCCGUCCGUCUGAGUCAUGCGGUCCGUUCCGUAGCCUGUCCACUAUGUUCCAGUCAGGGAAGCUGUGGGUGAAGGAGUUGGGGAGACACAACCCUAACCUGGCCUGGCUAGCCUGGGCUCACAGCUACAUCGUGGAGAACCCUCUGUUUCUGUUCCUGGCUGCUGGGAUCUUCCUGGUAGUGAUUUACUUCAACACCCAGGUGGUGGAUGGACAGAGGAAGAUCAUCAGUCUGCUGCAGGAGCAGAUAGAAAACGAGGGGGAGGAUAAGAAGUUCCUGAUCACUCGUCUCCAGGCCAUCCACCAGCAGAAACCACCCUUCUCUCCUCGCAGACUCACCAGUCAGGCCAGUCAGGAUUCCAACGGCUAGCAUUCCCACUACUUCUCUCCCAUCUCAGUGGAGGGCAUAUCUCGGAAGAUCUCUGAAUAUCCUUUGGGAAAUGUCCUGGAUGGAACAAAACUGGAUAUACCUCUCCUCUCCUGCCUCUGGGAAGAGUUGUUAAGGAAUUCUUAAACUGGAAAACUAUUCUCAUAGGAUGUACACUCUUUCCCAGGAAUCUGGGUUGGGAUUGGGACUGGGACUAUAAAGGAAUUUACUUCUUUACAAUAACAAAUCCCACAUAGGCCAAAACAGGAUUCUAAUAGGAUCCACACUCUUUCCCAGGAAUCUGGUCCUUGUAAGGAUUGGGAAUAGGAUUGGGAAUGGGACAAAGCAGGAUUUCCCUCUUCCAAUAACAGGCUACACCUCAUAGGGAAAGACCACAGUCUUUAUGUGAACUUACUAUGGCCAAGCCAUAGGCUACAUUUUACUGUAACUAGGCUACACCUUACUGUAACUAGGCUACACCUUACUGUAACUAGGUUACACCUUACUGUAACUAGGCUACAUAGGAAAAUACCACUGAGUUUAUAUGAAUUUACUAUGGCCAAGCCAUAGGCUACACCUUACUGUUUAUUCUUCAUAUGAAAUGAAAGGACAUGUCACAAAACAAAAUAAUGGUUUAUCAAGCUCAAUAGUUUCAACCAAGGAUGUUUGUCCUUUAAAAAAAAAAAACUUGGAUUGGAACACCUGGUCAUGCGAAAGGAUGUAGGAGUGAAGAGGUGAGGAAACGAGACUGGGAUACGGUGUGCUUGUAGGGACACAGAACAGAAAGCACUUUUUUUUUUACAACUUUGAAUAGGGAACAGAUCAAAUGCCAAUAAGCUGCAAACAUUGCACAAAGGGUUAAAACAGUGUCAUUGUUAAGCAGGGUUAAUUCUGUGAAAUAUAGGAUUUUUAUUUUUUAAUUGUAAAUAGUAUGAUUGUUUUAUUACUUUAGAUUUUUUAUUGUAUAAACUGGUCUUUUGUCAACAGCCCUUUCAUACCAACUGUGAACAAAUAGGUUAUUUCUUUCCAUUUCUGAUAUAUAACAAUUAUUUUGUACGAUUUUGUUAUGUUUUUAUGUUAAUUGGUGUUCAGGGUAUAAUUUCUUGAUAAGUUUAGUCUCUCUGCUUCCAAAAUGGCACUCUUCCCUAGAUAGUACACAACUUUCUAGGGCGCUGGCCAAAAGUAGUGCACUCUGUAGAGAAUAGAGUGUCUGUUGGGAUGCAUCCUAUGUUUACUGUCUCUGUAGGAGGAGUCCACCGCUUAGUAUCGGGCGAUCUGAUUAGUUCAUUCAAAAAGGAAAUGGUCGUAGAAGAUCAACCACCUGAAACAGUACGUUAUUUUAAUGUCUCUUUUUGUUUUCAAGAAGUUGUUUUAUUGUUUGUAUACUUUAUAGGUAAUUAAAUGUUUUACCAUAUCUGCGUGUGUAUUUGCUUACCUGAUGUGUACCUAGUGGUUAUGCUAGACUUCAAUCUUUUACUUUUCAGUGGAGAAAUCUAAUAUAAAUAAUUGAAACACAUCUUUCUAUUAUUUAACACAAUUAUAAUGUAUUACAGACAUGCAAUCAGCACCAUAAAAAACAGCUAAAUAUAUUGACAAUUUACAAAGAAUCACUUUCCUGUCCUAAUAGCACACAUACAUGAUCCAUCUAAUCCAAUAAAUAUGAACUCCAGAGCAGCUUGAGUUUAGGGUUGCAAAAUUCCACCAACUUUCCCAGAAUUCCCAGGUGUUACAGAAAUCCUGGUUGGAUGAUUCCCAGAUUCUCUGCUUAUUCCCUUCUGGUUCCAGGAAACUUCCAACCGGGAUUUCAGGAACAUUUUGGGAAAGUUACCGAAAAUAUGCAACCCUGCGUUGAGUUCAAACAGUUAAUCACGUGACCUUUUUAGUGAUACUAAAAUAUAACCCAUUGUUAUUAUCCUUGUUUAAAAGCAUAUGUGGCUAUUAAAAGCACCAGUCAGUAUUAUUUACCUAGGAAGAGUUGGAAGCAGCAAGAAUACAAAUGUUUGUAAUUCUCUAAAUCACCAGUAGAGAGCCCCAUAUCACAAAUCUCUCACAUUCCCCACAUACUGUAUCAACCAUCCAUCUUUCUCUCACUAUACUUGUAGCCUAUGUUUAGGUGCGUCAGUAGGGUAUGUGGUCGUUUUAGCCAGUCUCUCUCCCUUUCUCUCUCUGCUGGUGAGUUCAGAUGUGGCAGUAGGCUGUGCGGUAGUUUGAGACAAUUCUGGUCAACUAACAAAUCAAUGAAUCAAUCAGUUCUAGUGAACCCUGUUACUAUGGCUGUGUUUACACAGGCAGCCCAAUUCUGGUCUUUUGGCCAAUUUAUUGGCAAAAGAUCCGAUCUGAUUGGUUAGAAGACCAAUUAGUGGAAAUAGAUCAGAAUUGGGCUGCCUGUGUAAACGCAGCCUAUGAGGAUUUGCUAUAAUCCAGUGCCUUCCAUAUCAAAAGCUUGAUUCUGUAUCUUCUGUAGCAUUGAUCAAAACCAAAUGAUAAUAGUCUAUCAAGUCAUUACAGUCUGAGGAUUCCACUUCAUAUUCACUACCGGUCAAAAGUUUUAGAACAUCUACUCAUUCAAGGGUUUUUCUUUAUUUUUACUAUUUUCUACA